AUGGAUGAUCUGCUCGAUCUCAGCUGGCAGCCGACAACUGCGAAAGCUCAGUCGAAUCAGUCCUCUUCGUCGUCAUCCUCUUCGUCAGCUCGCAACAUCAUCCCCAAUUUCGGCUCGACAUCGACCAGACCGAACUACUAUGGCUCUUCCUCUUCCUCCUCACCAAGCAAGCAGUCCUCGUCUCCCGCCGUUCUCAAGCCCGCUACCAGUGACGAUGCCUUCUCCUCCCUCUUUUCGUCCUCUUCCGCCAAGCAGCAGGCCAACUUGAGCCUGGCAGAACGUCAGAGGCUAGCUGCAGAGCAAGCCCGGAAGAAGAUCGAGGACGACAAACGCCGAAACGAGGCGCUUUGGUCCGGUAUCGAAUCGUCUGGCUUCGGAGGCGGCAGCAGCUCCUCCGUCAAGACGCCGUCAAUACCCGCUCCUCAGCGUGUCACCUCGCCUCCUUCCAACAGUACCGCCUCGAACAAGAACAAGGCUGCAGAUCCUUGGGGCUUUGAUGCUUUCUCUUCGGCAGUCCCCGCACCCAAAGCAUCUGCAUCGACCAAAUCUGCUGCUCCUCCAGCCAAGCCGGCUCCUACUCGCACCAACGACCCCUUCGACUUUGACAGCUUCGACCAAUCUUUCUCCUCUGCUCCUUCCGUAGCCGUGCAUGCCAGCAAUGACCCAGACGACAUCCUUGGUGCCCUAGCUAUGCCCGUCUCGGACGCGCCAAAGCGCUCUCUUUCAGCAGCUGACCCCCGUAUUGCUAGCCUCUCAACUUCGGCUGCAACAUCUUCGGCUGGCAGCUCCAGAGUCCCGUCUCCAGCCAGCGGCAGCCGCCCAACCGCGAAUCGCUCCACUCCAGCAAAAACUGGCUCUCCACCACCGCAUGUUCUCGGUCAGAUUGUCGAGAUGGGCUUCUCCCUCCAACAAGCAAAGCAAGCCCUCGCCCGUACCGAUACAGGCGUCAAUGUCGAAGCUGCACUCGAGCUUCUCGUCGGCAAUAACGGUGCGUCUCGGCACGUGCACGAUGACGAUGAACGACUCGCACGCAAGCUUCAGGCGAAAGAGCAAAGACAUGCGCAAUCCAGCUUUCGCGACUCGGACGACGAGCAGGAUGACUACGAGCUUGAGCGCCAACGACGCCGGUCUCAGCGAGAACGGCAGCAAAGCAACAACGACAGCCGAGCACCGCGUCGUCCUCAAGCUGAUGGUGGUGCGUCGAGCAACCUGGACCACGAAGCCGCCGCCGACUGGCAACAACAAGCCGAUCAACUCUACGCCCAAGCUUCAGAGAUCGGCUCUUCGGUGCUCACCAAAGCUAGCGCCUUUUGGUCCUCGGCCAAAGCACAAGCUCAGAAGGCCCUGGACGAACGCAAUCGUGCAGCAGCAGGCGCGGACCGAAGCAAUACGCCUUCCGACGCAGGCAGCGAGCGUCAUCGAGCACGCAGAUGGGGCGCUUCGAGCGCAGCUUCCAAGAACAAGGAAUGGUCGGGCAAGCCUAAAUGGAUGGUCGAUGCAGAGCUGGCCGAGGCUGACGGUACCGGCUCGAAUGAUGCAGCCAGUCGAGACGAGAGACCGAAUAGAAGCGAUGACCAGCCUGCACAAGUGGGUGGGUUCAAGGACUCUGACAAUGAGGAUUACGCUGCUGCACCGGAGCUGCCUACGCGAGCCACGCGUCGACCUGCAGCUCCUGUGGCUUCCGCUGCUCCGGCUGCGAGUGUUGCAGCAGCAGCUACCGCCGUGUCGUCUGCUGCGAGCGCGUUGUGGGGUAACACCAAGGCUCAGGACAUAGACCAACCACCGCCGAGCUUACCUGCUCGAAGUAGUGCCGCUGCGACUGCCUCUGCAUCCAAGACUGGCUACGUGUCGCCCAACCGACGCGCCACUCCAUCUCGAUCUGCCGCGCCAUCGCCCAUUCCACCGAAAGCCCCGCUUAAACGACGACCCAUUCCAUCGGAUGCGUCCCACUCCAUCUCCUCCGCCAACCGCAACAAGCAGGAGGGGAACGAGCACUUCAAGCGCGGCGCCUACGCAGACGCCGAAGCCAGCUACACGCGAGGCAUCUCUGCGCUCGAAUCCUCCUCCUCCGACUCGGUGCGUCUCGUGCCUCUGCUGAGCAACCGGGCCAACGUUCGGCUGAAGAACGGCGAUGCCACGGGCACUAUUGCUGACUGCGAUCAGCUGCUCUCGAUCGUGCUCUCGCUCUUCGGUGGGUCGCAGCGGGAUGCGAGCGGUCGGAUCGCCGUGUACAGAGCGAGUCAGGAGGCGGGACUGCCGGCUGAGCUGGCAGAGGUGAAUCUGAGGGAGACGUAUGGCAAGGCGUUGGUGAGACGCGCGCAGGCGUUGGAGACGAAGGAGAGGUGGAAGCUGGCGAAGGCGGAUUGGGAGGUUUUGCUCGAGUACGAGAAGGUGGAGGGAUCAGGGGUCAAGACUGCUGCGAGCAAUAUGCGGUUUGCCAGGGAAGGGUUGUUCCGGUGUGGGAAGAUGUUGGGGGAGAAGGUGGUUGGGUCUGCUGUCUCCACCGCUCCCAUCAAAAAGUCGAGCACGACAGCUGGAGGAGGAGAGAAAGCGAGCGAAGCAUUCGCCACGCAGCAAGCGGCCCAAGCAGCGGAAGAGUCGGCGCGCUUCGCACUCAAGGACUCCGUGGAUGCCAAGAUCGAAGCGUGGAAGAAGGGCAAAGAGGGCAAUCUGAGGGCGUUGCUCACGUCGUUGGAUACGAUCGUUUGGGAGGGACUGGGGUGGAAGCCGAUCGGGUUGAAUCAGGUGUUGGACGAAGGCGGGUUGAAGAAGAACUAUACAAAGGCGAUAGCGAGGUUGCAUCCGGAUAAGGUGAAGCGCGGGGCUACGGUGGAGCAGCAGAUGAUUGCCGGUGCGGCGUUUCACGUGUUGAACGAGGCUUGGAAUGCCAAGCAGGGUUAA